AUGGAUAAGUAUAUUAGUCGUCAACCGAAUUAUCCCGUUAAAAACUCGAAUAGUGGCUAUGGAGCUUAUACACAAGACAUUGGUAACAGUAUAGGCAGGCCCUUACACCCCAGUUCAUAUUAUGAACUACAACAACAGUCUAGCUCUGAAAAUAUUCCAAGCACAAUGACAGAUUAUGAGUCAGCUAAGAAACCCUUAGUGUCUGGUACUAAUAUCAAAGGGUUUCAAUAUAGAUCACCGGAUAUAGGACGCGUGAUACCACAAGGAGAAAUUCUAAAUAGAAUUGUUCCAUACUGGGAGUUAUUCAUUAGUAAUGUUGGACUUUUCGGGUAUCAUAUAAUAUCUAAAGCUGCUAAUAAUAUUGGAAGUGAUGAUGCUUUAACUAUCCUAUUUUUUAAUGGAUGUAAUUCCGAACAUGCUCAAUCAAAUCUAGAUGUGUGCGCUACAUCUAUUUUAUCAUGGACUUUAGUUGGCGGGGCGAUAUUAUAUUUAGCUUUUACUUCGAUUUUAGCAUUUUUAUUAUAUGUAGAAUGUAAACGCCAAGGUUAUCCCGCUUUAUUUACAGCUUUAUGGAAUUCUCCUUUAUUCCUUGUGUGCUAUUUCUUUAAAGAAAAAGAUCGGAUAGACCUUUUAACAAUCCCGAACAAAUUUGUUGGAUUUAACAAAUGGACUCAAUCACAUGUACAUAGAUUAGGUUUAGCGAUUUAUUCUUUUAUAACUACGGUGAUUAUUCUAUAUUAUCUUAAUACAAAAUUGACGGUAGAUCAAGACGACCUAAAAUUACAAGAACAAUAUAAAGACGGUGAUGCGUUAUAUAAAUUAUACAAUCCUUUUUACCUACCUUAUUAUGCUGCCAUGUAUUUUUACAUUAAAACCAUCAUAUCCUCCGCUAUCGAAAUCAAAAAUUUCUCAAAUUAUAAUAACGCAGAAUUAGUAGGAAUUAAUUAUUCAUCUUUGAAGAUGCACUAA